CGUAUACUCUGCUCUCUCGAAACACCACUAUUUACUCAGUAGUAUUGAUAGAACGUGACUGGAAAAGCACAAAACGGUUCCGGCGGAGCACGGCGGCGGCCAUGGAUUCAAGAGAGCAUCGCCGACAUCACUUCGCCAUGUUUCCAUGGCUGGCAUACGGCCACAUGUUCCCUUUCCUCCAACUAGCCAACGACCUCGCCAAAAGAGGCCACUCUGUCUCCUUCUUACUCCCUCAAACCGCUCGCCGCAAACUAUCUAAUGCCAAUCUUCACCCUCAGCUCAUCACCUUUCAUUCUCUUUCAGUCCCUCACGUUGAAGGUCUCCCUCACGGGGCUGAGACCACAUCUGAUACGGAUGACUCAAUAGCGCUGUCUUUAGCCAUGGAUGGAAUGCAGGAGCAGGUGAAGGUGGUGCUUGAGGCAGAGAAGCCAGAUUUUGUUUUCUUUGAUUUCGCCGAUUGGAUACCAAAUUUAGCCUCAGAGAUAGGCUGCAAGGCAGUGUUUUUCAGUGUCAUAAGCCCUGUGAUAUCUGCAAUCACUCUGCUAAUAUCCACAAGUAAAGAGAAGCCUUUGACGACGUCUGAUCUUAUGGAAUCUCUUCCAAGUUACCCUUCUUCCAAUGCGCCUAUCCUUCGUGAACACCAAGCAAGCGCAGUGACAGUGUUAGCUAAUCAACCGAAUAACAAGAUGAGAGAUUUCUUGGGUAAGAGCGUAUCCGGAGCCAAACAGAGUGAUGCAUUGGCAGUGAGAACCUGUAAUGAAAUAGAAGGCAUCCAUUGCAGCAACCUAUCAAUGCUUUAUGGGAAACCAGUGUUUUGCACAGGCCCUCUCUUCCCCAAACCAAGAAAAGAGCCGUUAGAUGACAAAAUUUCAAUCUUUCUCAACAAAUUUGAUUUUGCUUCUGUGGUUUUCUGCUCAUUUGGAAGUGAACUAGUUCUUGAAAUUGACCAUUUCCAAGAACUUAUCCUAGGCCUAGAGCUCACAGGGAUGCCCUUUCUUCUGGCUGGCAUUAAACCACCAAAAGGGACAGCUUCCAUUCAAGAAGCCUUACCAGAGGGAUUCCAGGAAAGGGUAAAAGAAAAGGCAAUGCUAUAUGAAGGGUGGGUCCCCCAAACUCAGAUUCUAAUGCACAGAUCAAUUGGGUGCUUCGUGAGCCAUGGUGGGUCCGCAUCAAUGUGGGAAUCUUUGUUGAGUGACUGCCGAAUAGUGAUUUUGCCAACUAGGGGAGACUAUGCUGUGAAUGCCAGGCUCAUGGCUGAAGAGCUUCAGCUUGCAGUGGAGGUAGAAAUGGGUGAAAAUGGUUGGUUUUCAAAGGAGAGCAUUAGCAGAGGUGUUAAGACAGCCAUGGAUGAAGGUAGCAAGCUGGGUGGUCUGCUGAAGAAGAACCACAAGAAGUGGAGGGAUGUGUUUUUGAGCAAUGGAUUUGUUGACAGUUACAUUGACAAAUUCAUUCAGAAUUUGGAUGAGCUUUUGUGGCAAAUUAAAUGAAUCACCCUGAAGUCUUUAUAAACUAUCUACUGUGUUUCCAGCGUUUAUUCCAAAUGUUGACAUUGCAACUAUCUGUUUCACUUUCGUUCAUCAUCAAGGAUCUCAAUAUACGUUAUCAAGCAUGUUUGGGCUUGGAGCUCUGAGAUUUUUCCAGAGCAAUUUUCUAUUAUCAAGCACCAUUGCUA